AAGGCUAUCAGUAGUAUGACCCUCACCCGGUCAGGAGAGUCAUGUGGUGAGAAUGGCGCAGACAACUGUCAAACACUGUUUCUAUGGGCUAUUAAUUUAAGGAUAUUGGAAGAUUCGACGAAAAUGUCUAUUAAUUUGGAUGUAAGACUGAAGCGAGCUAGUAAAAUCUAUCACGAAGGAGAAACAGUCACUGGAUUACUUCUGCUCCAAACGAAUUCUGAAGUCAAACAUGAUGGAAUCUCGCUGACAAUGGAAGGAUCUGUCAACUUGCAGUUGAGUUCUAAAAAUGUGGGAAUUUUUGAAGCUUUUUACAACUCAGUGAAGCCCAUCCAACUGGUGCAAUAUACUCUAGCAGUGGCUCCAGCUGGAAAAAUUCCCAGUGGAAAAACUGAAAUCCCCUUCGAGCUGCCCCUGAAACCUCGUGGAUCGAGAACUCUGCACGAAACUUAUCACGGAGUUUUCGUCAAUAUUCAGUAUGUCAUACGAUGUGACAUAAAACGGAGUUUCCUUGCCAAGGACGUUAGCAAGUCCCUAGAAUUUAUGGUAGAGAAUAAAUUGGGACUGCCCAAGGAGAUUUCAGUGUCGAAUAAAACCGUCAACUUCAAGAUAAUGCCAGAGUCACUACAGAAUAUUCGGGACCGAGCCAAUGUCCCUCGUUUCUGCAUCACUGGGAAAAUCAAUUCGGUCAUUUGCAAACUCUCUGAGCCACUCACUGGAGAGGUAGUGAUUGAACGUUGUGAGACAACGAUCAAGUCUAUUGAACUGCAACUAGUGAGGGUGGAAACGUGUGGCUGUGCUGAGGGAUACUCUAGGGAUGCAACCGAAAUCCAGAAUAUACAGAUCGGCGAAGGGAAUGUUUGCAUUGGUCUGCCGAUACCUAUUCAUAUGAUAUUUCCCAGGUUAUUUACCUGCCCAACAUUGAGCACAAGUAAUUUCAAAAUUGAAUUCGAAGUAAAUUUGAUCGUCGUCUUCGAAGAUGAUUACCUCGUCACAGAGAAUUUUCCGAUAAUCCUCGGGCGUUACUGAACAUCGUUAACGAUUUUAUAAAUUCUAAUAAAUCUACAGAGAUUAUUUGUGUAAAAAUGUACAUUAUAAGAUUGAUAUCAUUUUCUCCUGCGCUAUAAACCAUGGGUAAUAAAGAUACUCAUUAAAAAAGGCUUUAAAAA